AUGGCAGAGGAGAAGACCUUCCGCUACGGGUUCAUCAUCUUGGGUUUCUUCCUGGUGAUGGUGGGGAUGUUCAUCAUGAGCGUGGAAAAGCCUCAGUACUACAUCACCUUCUGCGUCCUGGGUGUCCUGCUGGUAGCCGUGGGCAUCACCUGGAGCAUGUGCCAGUGCUACCCAAAGAUAACGUUCGUCCCUGCGGACAUCGAGACCCAGCGGUUCCUGGACCACAAACCCAUGGUGCUGCCACAGAAGGACGCAGGCUUGAUUGCCCCCUGCCCCAACCAAGAGGCCACCAGCCCCUACGAGAAGAGCCUGCCAUCCUAUGAGCAGAUACAGAGGCAGGUGCUCAGCUCAGCUCCACUCCCAGCCACGGCACAGCCCAGACCCCGCAGCUGCUCCCAGUCAGCCGUGCAGGCCAGAGCAGAGAUCCACCGGGAGCUGGGGGGUGCUGGAGAGCCCCUCCAGGACCUGGCAACUCGCCUGGAAACAGCAGCAGGCAGCUGCCCCGCCCGGCCAGCCCCGGGGGAUGCUCCGCUGGCAUCGCUGCUGGAGGAGAUGGACACGCCAUCGCUGGAGGGCUCCGUGCCCGGCAGCCCCACAACACCCAGCCGGACCCUGCCCUCCGCUGGCCGCACCCCGAGCAACUCCCCGGCGGGGGGAGAGCACCCCCUGUCCCCACGGAAAGGCCCAGGGGAGGAGGAUGAUCUCUACUACGGGCUCCAGGAGGAGUCGGAUGCGCCACUCAAGGACAGUGAUGGCCUUUUUGAGCCGGAAAACUGA